CAGGUCACGGCCCCGCGAGGCGACCGCGGCCCCGCCGCACCGGAGCAGUACAGAGGCUGCGCCUAACACACGAAAAACCCUGAGAUAUGUAGACCUGUUUCAGAACCAGCCAGCUCUGAGGACCUGAUACAUAACGCUGUGCUGAAGACAAAGGAGGCAUGGAUGGGAAGAAAUGCAGUGUGUGGAUGUUUCUACCUCUUGUAUUCGCUUUGUUUACCUCAGCUGGGUUAUGGAUAGUAUACUUUAUAGCUGUGGAAGAUGACAAAAUUUUGCCACUGAAUUCAGCUGAAAGGAAACUGGGGGUGAAGCACGCGCCAUAUAUAAGUAUUGCAGGUGACGACCCCCCUGCAAGCUGUGUGUUCAGUCAGGUGAUGAACAUGGCGGCGUUCCUAGCCCUUGUGGUCGCUGUUCUGCGCUUCAUACAACUGAAACCAAAGGUUUUAAACCCGUGGCUGAACAUCAGUGGACUGGUGGCGCUGUGUCUGGCCUCCUUUGGAAUGACCUUACUUGGUAAUUUUCAGCUCACGAACGAUGAGGAAAUCCAUAACGUGGGGACGUCCUUGACCUUCGGCUUCGGCACACUGACCUGCUGGAUCCAGGCUGCCUUGACGCUCAAAGUCAACAUCAAGAACGAAGGCCGGAAGGUUGGAAUCCCGCGGGUCAUCCUCUCGGCCCUGAUCACGCUCUGUGUGGUCCUCUACUUCAUCCUCAUGGCCCAGGACAUCCACAUGUAUGCUGCCAGGGUGCAGUGGGGCCUGGCCAUGUGCUUCCUGUCCUAUUUCGGCACCCUGGCCGUGGAGUUCCGGCACUACCGCUACGAGAUUGUGUGCUCCGAGGCCCAGGAGAACUUCCUGAGCUUUUCGGAGAGCCUGUCGGAGGCUUCGGAGUACCAGACCGACCAGGUGUGAGCCCGGCCGAGCUGCCUUGCCGAGGAUGUGGGUGUGAUGGCGACAGGGGCCCGGGAGGACACACUCACAGGACUGGAUGCAGAACCAUACACACACACACAUACACACACAUGCACACACCUGCCAAAUGAGCUUUUCAGGGCAAGUUCUCUUCUUUCGAUGAAGUAGCCCAAGCCCUAAGGUGUUGAAAUCCACACUGUUAACACUGAAAAAAUAUAUGCACGACAGAGCCGGAAGCCGGAAGCUUGUGCAUGAUCACCCGUCUGUCUCUCCCUCUCCCAGUGUUCCCUGCUCUGCCCAUCCUCUUCACGUGUUUCAGACAUCCUGAGCACCCUGCCGUCCAGUAGGGCGUGAGUAACACUCGCGAGAGGCGAAUGACUGACUCCCGCCCUAGGCUGCCUUUCGUUCCCCAGGGCCUGGAGCUAGCGCGCAAGGAAGUUCUGGGUUUGGCAGGAAUACUCUUUGAGUGGCUCAUCGCGCGUCAUCUAGUUGGAUGGAUGCUCAGUGGAGAGAACGGGACGGUGACCCCGUGUAGCCGCACGAAGGCAUGACUUGGACUUUCCCACGAGUGCUCCCUUCAUCUCUGUCCUGUGGUCAGCCGUGUGGCCCCAGUGGCAGGAAAUGCCACCGACUGGGAGAGGGAAGUCCGCUGUUGUGAACUGGACUGAGAGCAAGAACAUCUCCAAAUGUGAAUAUUUGUUGGGACGUGGUCAGCUUGGCCUGGUGCAAAAUGGGAGUGGCGAGAUGGGGGGUGUGGUUUUUGCUUCCACGGUUUGCCAUGUACAGUUUCUGUUUUCUGUGUCACAGUUUACCUUUUUUCAUUUGUUUAAGUAACUGUCAUGAGUCUCCUUAGGCCCCGUGGACAGAGAUGCAGACCCAAGUGCAAGUCCACUUUGGGCUCAGCCAUGCUGAAAGAGGAAAAGAAAAAUGUCGCCUGCCCACUUUGCUGCUUUUAUGUUUGAGGCUUAGAAGAGUCCACAGAAAAGUGGCAACAAAAUAUGAAUAUGUAGACGUAGUAAGAAGAACUCAUGCUGGAUGCUUACAAGAAAUAGAAGUGCUUUAGGGCACUUGCUCUAACAUUGAGGACUUGCCACAAGUCCAAAUGAGGGGAGACUUCCUUCAUAGAUGUCUCUCGCCCACAUCUAAUAUCUUUGCAGAUUAAGGGCUUUUCAAACUUGGAAUCUGUAGAAGUCAAUUCAAAGAUGGCCCUCCUAAAGACCACACUGCAGCCCAAUACAUAGUUUGCACCUGCUAAGCACUCAGAACUCAGACUGCGAGUGCUCUUCAUAGAGAGUCAAAUUCCAGAUCCCCAGUGCGCUGGCGUGGGCCCAGGUGAAAGCCCUCCAUGAUUGCAUCUUGUUUUAAGAAAACCCCAAACAGACUUGAUAAGGGCCUUGGAUUUCAUGGCCCAUCCUGGGAAAGACAUUGUCACUUACCACACCCCUGAGUCAGCUGCUUGCAGAGGGGCUCAUUGUUUUCACCUCUGUAUCCAUCCCCACCUCCUAGUACAGUGCCUGGCACAUAGUAGGUGCUCAGUAAACAGCUGGUGACUAGAACCCUCGAUAGUCAAAGGGUCAGAGGAUCAGAGAGAAGAUGGAAAUGGCUGCUUCCUGGGGGGCGUAAAUGGAGUCGGGAAGAGGGGAGGGGCGGUGAGAGUACCUGGAAAGUGUAAAUAGGAUGUGAGAAGAACCAAGCAGAGAGCAUUCUCCUAUGAAGCAGGCAUCUUCCUGUAGAUAGACCCAGGGGACAUUUUAAUCAUUUUGAACUCCUUUUGGGUUUCCUUUAUUUUUUUUUUUUCAAUUUUAUAUUUUAAAAGUUUUAUCGAAGAACAAAGAUUUGUGAGGUUUCUCUUACUCUCCACAAUCCGAAGUGAACAGCUUUCGGUGGUGCACCUGCACACUCUCUGAAGAGCGUAUCUGGUAGCCUAGUUAGCACAAUCAAGCAGUGACGGAUGUGACUCGCUGGGACCUGGCCACUAAAUAAACUUCUU